UCCAAUCCCCCACCAUUGGCAAAACAGGACGGAAUACACAACAACAAUAUCAGAUCAGAUAUCUUGGAAAAAACAAAAUCCCACACCUGACGUUAUCCCAUCCGAUAAUCAGAACAUCUCAUAGCUUUUUCGUUUUGUAAACAUGUCGCUCUCCAACAAGCUCUCCAUUGAGGACGUCGACCUCAAAGGCAAACGCUGCCUGAUCCGAGUCGACUUCAACGUCCCCCUCGACGCCGAGAAGAACAUCACCAACAACCAACGUAUCGCCGGCGCCCUCCCCACCAUCAAAUAUGCCCUCGGCCAAGGCGCCAAAGCCGUCGUGCUGAUGUCCCACCUCGGCCGUCCCAACGGCCAGGUGAACGAGAAGUACUCCCUCAAGCCCGUCGUCCCGGAGCUAGAGAAGCUGCUGGGCAAGAAGGUCCUCUUCACCGAGGACUGCGUCGGCAAGGCGGUCGAGGACACGGUCAAUGGCGCAGAGAGCGGCGCGGUCAUCCUGUUAGAGAACUUGCGGUUCCAUGCGGAGGAGGAGGGGAGCAGCAAGGAUGCGCAGGGAAAUAAGGUGAAGGCGGAUAAGGAGAAGGUCGCGGAAUUCCGGAAGGGGUUGACCGCGUUGGGUGAUGUGUUUAUCAACGACGCCUUCGGCACCGCCCACCGCGGCCAUUCUUCCAUGGUCGGCGUUGACCUCCCCCAACGCGCCUCCGGCUACCUCAUGAAGAAAGAACUCGACUACUUCGCCAAGGCGCUCGAAAACCCCUCGCGGCCCUUCCUCGCCAUCCUCGGCGGCGCCAAGGUGUCCGACAAGAUCCAGCUGAUCGACAAUCUCCUCACCAAGGUCAACAGCCUCAUCAUCUGCGGUGGCAUGGCCUUCACCUUCAAGAAGACCCUCGAGAACGUGAAGAUCGGCAACUCGCUGUUCGAUGAGGACGGCAGCAAGACCGUCGCCAGCCUCGUCGAGAAGGCCAAGAAACACAACGUCAAGCUCGUCCUUCCCGUCGACUACGUCACCGCCGACAAGUUUGCCGCCGACGCCCAGGUCGGCUACGCCACUGACGAAUCCGGCAUCCCCGACGGCUGGAUGGGUCUCGACUGCGGCAAGAAGAGCAUCGAGCUCUUCAAAUCCACCAUCGGCGAGGCCAGCACGAUCCUCUGGAACGGCCCGCCCGGCGUGUUCGAGAUCGACGCGUUCGCGACCGCCACCAAGGCAACCAUGGACGCGGCGGUUGCCGGCGCGCAGAGCGGGAAGAUCGUGAUUAUUGGUGGAGGGGACACGGCGACGGUGGCGGCCAAGUAUGGCACCGAGGAGAAGCUGAGCCAUGUGAGCACGGGAGGUGGGGCGAGUUUGGAGUUGUUGGAGGGGAAGGAGCUUCCGGGAGUGACAGCGCUCUCGGAGAAGAGUAAGUUGUAGAGAUAUUCGGUGGGGAGAGAUAUGGCGUGGUGAGCAAUGAGAGACGGGUGUGGGACAAGAGGAAAUGGAGC